UAUCCAAAAAAAAUCUUUCACCUUUUCUUCAUCUAUUUGAUUGACUCAACUCAACGCAACCCAAAGCAACAUUUGCGUUCUCAGUUCUUUGAUCCAAAGAUUCUCCCUCCCUAUAUCUCCUCCUCCGCUUCCACCGAUCACUCUUCUCUUUCAACCAUGGCAAAUGCGGCGUCAGGUAUGGCAGUCCAUGAUGACUGCAAGUUGAGGUUUAUGGAGCUCAAGGCGAAAAGGACACACAGGUUUGUAGUUUACAAGAUUGAGGAGGCUCAGAAACAAGUUGUUGUGGAGAAGCUUGGUGAGCCCUCCCAAGGCUAUGAAGAUUUCGCUGCUUUUUUACCUGCUGAUGAGUGUCGCUAUGCUGUUUAUGAUUUUGAGUUUAUCACUGAAGGCAAUGUCCCCAAGAGCAGGAUUUUCUUCAUUGCAUGGUCUCCUGACACGGCAAGGGUUAGAAGCAAGAUGAUUUACGCAAGCUCCAAGGAUAGAUUCAAGAGAGAGCUUGAUGGUAUUCAGAUUGAGUUGCAGGCAACUGACCCUACUGAGAUUGGUCUUGAUGUGUUCAAAAGCCGUGCCAACUAAAUGAUCUUCAAGAGGGGCGGCCUUUGUACCGGGGUGAGCCCCUUAAUGCUUUGUUACUUUUAUUGAAAUUUCUAGUUUGUGGAAUGGUCAUAAUAUCUGAUGAUUUGUGAUUUAUGCCUCCUCUAUGUUGGAGUGGCAUUUUAGUCUUAUGCUUAUCUAUCAGUUGAAUUUGUAACUGUUUUGUGUGAUGAAACAAAAAUUGGGGUCCUGUUUUACUUAAAAAGGCUAUUAUAUCCUUUUUUUUGUAUGGAUAGGAUAAGAAAAGAAAUCCCAUCUAUUACUUACAACAUUUA